CGAACUAGCUGGUCAUCCUGCCUCUCCCCCUCCAGUCCCACUUUUCUUCUCAGAACCGCGUUCAGCUCUCUCUCUCUCUCUUUCAACGUCUCCCAAACCAUUUUCGCUGCCAUUCUCUCUGCAACAGCUCCUGCGAUUUCCCACCCCAAAAAGCCUUCUUUUUUACUUCUAUUUAUCUUGAGAUUUUUCAUUUCGCCUCUUUGAUGCGGGAAAACAUCUGAGAAAUGGCUCAUAACGAGCAAUUCCUCUUAUUCCUGAUCCUCCUGUUCUCUCCCUUCUGUCUCCCUUCGAUCGAAGCCUUCAGCUUCAACUUCUCCCGCACAUCUCAUCUUGCCGGAAUCAUAUUCCCAACACCCCUCAGCUUCAACUCCGCCACCACCGCCGCCGACUCGAACUGCCAAAUCCACCGCCGCCUAGCUCCUGACGCAGAUCCUCUUGAACGCCCACUCUCCGGCGACGCCCCUCCGGUCAAGCUCCAUCUCAAGCACCAUCGCCCUGCAGCUGACAAAACCAAAAAAGCUGCUAUUUUUGACUCCACACAAAAGGACUCCCUUCGAAUCCAAACCCUUUUCCGCCGCGCGACAGAGAAGAAGAACCAGAACCCUCUCUCCCGCUUCGCUCCCCCGCCCAAAACCGUCACUUUCGGCUCCUCGGCGCCGGCUAUCGAUGGUCUCCUGUCUGCCACGGUGGAGUCCGGCGUCGCGCUUGGCUCCGGCGAAUAUUUCAUCGACGUCUACGUCGGCACUCCGCCGCAACAUUUCUCCCUAAUUCUCGACACCGGAAGCGACCUCAAUUGGUUACAGUGCCUUCCCUGCCACGCCUGCUUCGAACAGAGCGGCCCAAUCUACAACCCCUCCUCAUCUUCUUCCUACCGCAAUCUCAGCUGUACCGACCCUCGCUGCGACCUUGUCUCCCGGCCGGAAACCUCCUCCCCCUGCCACGCCGGCGAAGACCAUUCCAGCUGCCCUUACUUCUACUGGUACGGCGACCAAUCAAACACAACCGGCGAUCUCGCCACCGAGAUCUUCACCGUAAACCUAACAGACACCAUGGGCAACACCACAAGCCGCAAGGUUGAAGGUGUCAUCUUCGGCUGCGGCCACUGGAACCGCGGUCUAUUUCACGGCGCCGCCGGUCUCCUCGGCCUAGGCCGCGGCCCUCUCUCCUUCGCCACCCAGCUCCGCUCCCUCUACGGCCACACCUUCUCCUACUGCCUCGUUGACCGCAACAGCGAUCUAAGCAUCACCAGCAAGCUCAUCUUCGGCGAGGAUCCUUCCCUCCUCUCCCACCCCAAUCUCAACUUCACCUCUUUCACCACCGGCAAAGAGAACCCCGCAGAGACCUUCUAUUAUCUUCACAUCAAAGGCAUAAAAGUCGACGGAGAGAUGCUGGACAUCCCAUUGGAAACAUGGGAGCUGUUGGAAAACGGCGCCGGAGGCGCAAUCAUCGAUUCAGGAACCACGCUCAGCUACUUCUCCGAUCCAGCUUACAAAAUCAUCAAGCAAGCGAUUGAGAAGAAGGUAACCUACAAGCUGUUCGAUGAUUUUCCUGUGUUGAGUCCAUGCUACAAUGUAUCUGGAGUUGACAAAGUAAAGAUGCCGGAUUUCUCCAUCGUCUUUGCCGACAGAACGGUGUGGGAUUUUCCGUUGGAGAAUUACUUCAUCCGGCUUGAACCAGAGUCCAUCAUGUGCCUCGCGAUUCUGGGAACGCCGAACACAUCCCUAUCGAUUCUGGGAAAUUACCAGCAACAGAACUUCCACAUAAUGUAUGAUACGAGGAACUCGCGACUGGGUUUUGCGCCCAUGAAGUGUGCAGAGGUUUAGAAAUCCAAUCUUGGAAGAAAGAUUGAGAUUUUUUUGGAGAAUUUUGCUUGGUUUCACUCACUGCGGUGUGGGAAAGCUUGUUAAUUGUGUAGCCAUACUUGUCAUUAGAUUCAUUUUUCUUUGAUGAUUCCUCUUUUUUUUUUUCUUAAUGUUAUUGUUAGGUGUAGGAGAGUAUACUGAUACUGGUUACAAAUCAAGUGUGAUGACUUAGUUUGUUGAUAAUAUACUGCUAGUUGGUGUUAUGAUUUAUGUGUU